CCUUGGACAGCGCGCGCAGGUGGCGCACACAAUGCAAGCAGUUUGCCAGGGCCGGGCGGGCGCACUCUCUCUCUUGGGCCGGCCGGCGCCGGGGUGUUAUCUGGCUCGCGCUGCCCCAUCGGUCGCACAGCAGCUGCGCGCCCCGGUUGACGCCGGCGGGUUUAGUCCUCGAUGAAAAGAAACGCUCCCCGCUUUAGAGAUGCGCGCCUGUCUGUGUCCUUUCCAGGUGGGAAUCAAUUUCCGAAAG